CACACCACUAAAACACCCUUGGCACGGUCUCUCUCUCUCUCUCUCUCUCGAUACUAUCAACUACAAAACUUGGUUUCCUUUUUUCUUUGGAUUCACAAAUCACAAGAACCCUCAUUGCACCCAAUUCGCCUCCAUCGAAUUUGGACUCGCCCUCCAAGUUUUCCCGUGAAAUUGACCGUAAAGUUUCUUCCUUUUCCUAAUUUCCGGUAAAAAGGAAACUAAUUGGGUACUGUAGACUUAUUUAGGGUCUUUGUGAACUAUCAAAUCUCAUAGAAACCUUCGGAAUUCGAAAAAUUUGGGAGCUUUUGCCAUCGAGAUUGAUAUUAAAAAAACUAGUUGAGAUUGAGUUUGUGAUUUGAUUGUAAUGGAGAGAUCUAGAUCGAAGAGAAACUACCACUAUGACCAAGACUAUGAUGGAGAUUCCAUGCCCAGGUCUAAACCUCGAUACAACAAUAAUUACCAUUUUGGCGGCGGCGGCGGUGGGAAUAACAGAUACCGUGGUGGUGGCGGUGGUGGUGGAGGAGGUGGAGGUGGAGGUGGAAAUGGCCGGCCAUCAAAGUCUCACUCUGAAACGAUGGCAACGACGACUUAUCGAAUCCUCUGUCACGACGCUAAAGCUGGAGGCGUCAUUGGUAAAUCCGGAACAAUCAUUAAGUCGAUAAGACAGCACACCGGAGCUUGGAUUAACGUGCACGAGCUAGUUCCCGGAGACGCUGAGCGUAUCAUUGAGAUUUCAGACAAUCGCCGGCGUGAUCCUGAUGGGAGAAUGCCGUCUUUCUCUCCUGCUCAGGAGGCUCUGUUUAGUGUUCACGAUAGGAUUCUUGAGAGUGAGCCUCAGUUUGGGUAUGGUGGUGCACAGCCUGAAGAGGAGGAGGAUUACGGUGGAGUUAGACCUGGUGGAGGGAGAGUUGUGACUAGACUUGUGGUUUCUAGGAUGCAUGUUGGUUGCUUGUUGGGUAAAGGUGGGAAGAUUAUUGAGCAGAUGAGGAUUGAAACUAAGACUCAUAUUCGGAUUCUUCCAAGAGAGAGUAACUUACCUCGUUGUGUUUCACUCUCUGAAGAGAUUGUUCAGAUUGUAGGUGAACUUCAUGCAGUGAAAAACGCUUUAGCGAUUGUAUCAUCGCGUUUAAGAGAGAGUCAGCAUCGUGAUCGUAGUAAUUUUCAAGGGCGUGUACAUUCACCAGAACGGCCGUUUCCAGCUGCUUCGGAUGAUUACAUCCCACAGCAAAGAAGACAAUCAUCAGAUAGGUUUCCUCAUGGUAAUAAUUAUAGAAACAACAACUUCAGUUCUCGCCAAUCCAACUAUGCAGAAGAAGCUUCAGCAGUGCCGGUUGGUGAGAAUGCACAGCCUUUCUACACUGAAGAGCUUGUGUUCCGCAUUCUCUGUCCAGCUGACAAGAUUGUUCGGGUUGUUGGGGAAUCACAAGGAAUAAUAGAGUUGCUUCAAAACGAGAUUGGCGUGGAUGUGAGAGUAUCUGACCCAGUAGCUGGUUCUGAUGAACAGAUAAUCACCAUUUCUUCGGAAGAGGCUCCUGAUGAUCCUAUGUUCCCUGCUCAAGAAGCCUUGUUGCACAUCCAAACUCAGAUCAUAGAUCUUAGUCCGGAUAAAGAUAAUGUAGUAGCAACGAGGUUACUUGUCUCAUCUAGAGACUCCGUAUGUUUGGAAGGGAAAGCAGGAUCAGUAUCUGAGAUCUCACGAUUAACUGGAACAAGCAUACAAAUUCUAGCUAGGGAAGAACUUCCCCGAUGUGUUGUUUCUAUCAAUGAUGUUAUUAUACAGAUUGAUGGCGAGAUCAGAGCAGCUCGAGAGGCACUUGUUGAAUUAACUUUACGAUUGAGGAGUCAUAUGUACAACUCUCAAAAGGAGACACCACCAGCUUCCACAUCCACAACUGGCCCUCUUGAAGGUGUUGCAGGAGUAAUGGAGGUAGCUUCGUCAAAUAACACAACUCACUCCCGUGAAGGUCUUACUGGUUCCCAUCUGACCUUGCAGCAAGCAGCUAGCACAAUCAUGUCACAAUAUAAGGAAGGUGUUGGAUCAGUUGCAAAGGCGGGAGAAAGUGAAUACCGGGAUGAGGUUCCUGUCUUGACAAACAGAAUGGCGGUGCCACUUGUUACUAGGAGCACUCUUGAAGUUGUCUUACCAGAUGCAGUUGUUCCUAAGCUCGUUACGAAAUCAAGAAACAAGCUUGCACAAAUCAGUGAGUGGUCUGGAGCUAGUGUAACCUUAGUUGAAGACCGACCAGAAGAAACACAGAAUAUAAUUCGAAUUUCGGGUACACCCGAGCAGGCAGAGAGAGCACAGAGCUUGCUUCAAGGCUUCAUCUUGAGCAUACAAGAGGAUGGACCUUGAGCUUGGACCAGAUCAUCAUCAGUCAACAGAAGGAUGAAGAUCAAGAAACUAAGAAAUGUGGAGUUAUGUAUGAAUUGUUGAAUAUUUAGGAUUUCAGUGGGCAGUAUGAGCAGUAGCUUAGAUGAACAGUCCACAUUUUGACCAUCACUCUUUGGUUUCAAUGUUGUCUAUUAAUCUUCUUUUUACAUUAUUGUUCUGUUCUGUAACUUAUUUAUAGUCACUACAGUUUUAUCCGAAGGUAAUCACUAAAAACUCAACUCUUUUUU